AUGGCAACAGCAAACGGCGAUGUACCUGCCCAGUCACUGUUCGCGCCAUCCCUGAUCUCUCCCGCUGUCGUCUCUGCCCUACCCGAAGGAUACACAAUCCGGCCAUUACAACGAGGAGAUUUCGAUCAAGGGUUUCUCGAUGUGCUGAGGGUGUUGACACAUGUGGGUGAUGUGAGCAAAGAGGAGUUUGAGAAGCGAUGGGAUGAGAUGAAGGCGGGUGCUGGUGGAUAUCAUAUCCUGGUCAUAUUAGACGAGAAAGAGAAGAUCGUGGGAACUGGCGCUUUGAUUGUGGAGAGGAAGUUUAUACACCACCUAGGCCUUGUCGGCCAUAUCGAAGACAUUGCGGUAGCGAAGGACCAGCAAGGCAAGAAGCUAGGUCUGAGGAUUAUCCAGGCAUUGGACUAUGUGGCAGAGGGUACAGGUUGCUACAAGACGAUUCUGGACUGCUCGGAGGCGAACGAGGGUUUCUACGUGAAGUGUGGAUUCAAGAGGGCUGGUCUAGAGAUGGCGCAUUAUUAUGGUUCGUAG